GCGUCAAGGAGGAAGUAGAACGAAAAGAGGCGUGUUAACGUCUGGACACUUCUGGAAUUUUGCUGUCCACAAGUGCGGAAAAUCGUCUUGAGAUUGACGCCUUAACAGGAAACGCAGCACAAACGUUUGCCUUCCUUGGAAAGAGACGGAGGACGCUACCAACUUCCAACCACCUUUGACUAGUUGCUACAGUAUCCCCAAGCCGAUCUACCGGUGGCAAGGCAGUUUCCGACCAGUAUCCAAUAGGCCACCGGAGGUGUGCCCUCACUCAAACAGGAAGGAGAUUUCUUUUUAAAACUGCUGUCGUUGCCCCUCCUUGUUGCCCAAUCAAACUGUGUUUGCUAAAUAGUUGCUAAUUACUAGUACCCUCCGUCGGUUUCGAUUGAUCAAACGACCUGAAGAGCCUGCAACAGACUUGAUAUGUAGCCCCUAAACACCACGACGCAUAGCCUCCAUCAGGCCUUCCUACGGGUGCACGGAGAUAGCAGAAUUCGGAAAAAAAUUGGGAAGGAAUUGCCAGGGGAGUCAGUCCACGCUUAGGUUCAUGUUCCCCCUCAUGCGCGGCCGGUCAACUCCUCUGGUAGCAAAACUGACCCCUGGCAAAUCAAAUUCUCUUUAAUAGCCAGCGUAGACGGUCUGGUAGAGAUUAAUGGCGCCGACGAAGGACGAAAACUUCAAAGGGAAGUACCGGUUCGUUCGGCGGGAUGGGAAGCUGCUGCAUGGGGAGGAGGCGGAGGAGGAGAGUGCGAACGUCUUCGCAGAAGAGGUGAUGAAAGAGAUAAAGCACAAGCAAAGGGAGAAGGACAGACUGCUGCGUCUAAAACAUCCAGCCUUAAGCAAAGAAACUCCUCAUGAUGUGUCUCAGGACACAGACGGUGCCUUUGCAAGGCGAGCUACAAGGAACUCAUCAACAGAAGACAGCGGAGAAGAGAGGAAAACAUCCAAGAAGCUUAACACCAGCGCACGUGCCGUCAGAAAGCGAGUUCUAAGUGUGAAGAAAAGUGGCGCUUCCACCGAGGUCGACGACCAGGCCAAAGCGUACGCCACAGGUCUUAACGUCGCAGCGCUGACGGCUGACGCAGACCUGACGUCGCUGACGUUAUCGCCACAAGCGACAGCUGCGGCCACCGGGCUGGAAGCAAACGUUCUAACGGCACAAGCUUCUGGAGACACCGUGGAAGUCGACGUGCAGGCCAAAGCUGAGGCAAAAGGGGCGGAAGUCGUCGCAGGAAAUGUUGACGUGAGGGCGGUAGAUGAACAUGUUUUCGUCGGGGCCGAAGCUGUGGUGACUGGGGCGGAUGUAAAGGUUGGCAACGCCAGCGUUGCCGGAGUCAAGGUCGAAAAAAGAGCCGGUGUGACAUUUGAAGGAAAGGCUCUAGAGGUUAAAGCGUUUAACGUAGAUGCAGCAGGUGUGAGGGUGGAGGAAGAUGUAGGGGUACACAUGGGCGUGAAGGCUGUAGAGUUGUCCGCGUUCAACGCACGAGUCAGUGGAACAGAAAACAGUGUAGAAGCAAGAGCUGGUGUCGAGCUUGCCUUGCUGAAAGCCGGAGGGUUCAACCAAGAGAGCGAUACAGAAAACCACGGACACGUGUUGGAUUUGACACUUUUGGACUUGCGCGUGCCAGGUAAAGGGGGAGGGGGAGCGGCGACCGUAAGGGCAGGAGGGGGUGCCGGUAGUUCCGACAACAGCGAGACCGACAAGGGAAGUUCUUCCGAUAGAACACGCAAAAAUAGGAGCAACAUCAAAUGAAAUAGAAGGGUCAUUGACACUAGGGGG